UCGCUCUCUCCCCUUCUCUUACUCUCUCUCCCCCACCUCUGAAGCUUCCCUAAAACCCACCGGCUUCGACCUCACUUCAGCAAUUCAUCUCUCCAGCGUUUCGUGGGGAAUCACCUCUCGCACUCUCGGAGAAAUGGAUAGGAGAUUAAAUGGACCAACUGGACCUUCGAGCUCCGUCAAUGGCGGCCCAGCCACAAGAUCGGGUUCUCAUGCUCCGCAACCUAACUACAAUAGUCGAGCUGUUCAGGAAGCAUUGGAACAGUUGGCAUCGAUUGAUCUAAUUGACUUAUGCAAUGAAUCUAAAGUUGAGUGCUGUCGGGCAACACGAGACUUGAGGAGUUGUGGACGACAAGUAAAGGAUGUGCUCAUCUCGUGUGGACAUGCUUCAUUAUGUGCAGAGUGUAGCCAGCGCUGUGAUGUGUGUCCCAUUUGUAGAAUUCAAAUACCAAAGAAUGGCGCAAAAUUAUGCCGACGCCUUUAUGAUCAGUGUCUAGAAGCUCAUCUUAUACCCAAAAGAUGUGAUAAGAGAUUUCAAGAGAAAGAAGAUGGGGAGGAGCAAAUAUCUGCUGAUGUCCAACGCCUUUAUUCUUUAUUUGAUGUUGCCCUGGAGAAUAACUUAGUUUCUUUGAUAUGCCACUAUGUUACAGAUGUUUGUUUGGAUGAAAGUGCAGUAUCCAGUGAUCCCGUUAUUGCUUUUUUGUUGGAUGAAGUGGUUGUGAAGGAUUGGUGCAAGCGAACAUUCCAGAACAUCAUCACAGAACUUCAAGGCAUUUAUAAUCUUGAAGCGGAACCGAUGAAGUCUAUGUUGAGUUUACUUCUUAAGUUCUCAGUACAGUUGGCUGGCAUAUCCAGUGUGAUUGAAGUUUUGGAUUCAUCUUUGAAAGGGUCUUUUUCAGCUCAGCUUCAUGACUUUCACCAGCUUCAAGAAAGCAUAUUAAAGACAAAGCAGCAUAUGGAGGUUAUGAUAUGGUGUGUAAGACAUGAGUUCCUUGAGAAAGUGAGGCCUCGUUAUACUGAUUUCUCAUCAUGGCAUUCUCUUGUCCGUGAAAGGAAAUCUGCUGCAAUUAAGCGUUCUUGGCCUGAUUCUGUAAAUAACUCUGAAGAGUCCAGUGGACAGGAAGGUACCCUAUUUAUUGAAGAUGCCCUGGUAAAUCUGGAGGUUGGGCAGGGAAAUACAGAGAAAUUGGUGGAGGGAUUAAAACUAGGAUCUUUGCAGAAGGAUGGAGUUUCAUCAGUUCUCAGGUCUAAGAUAGAAGGGGUUGCAGGAUGCUAUCCAUUUGAAAAUGUUCGAGCUGCUGUUGAUAUACUUUUUCUAUGUGGUAGUUCAGAUUUGGUGGUUGCGAAGCAAGCUAUUUUUCUAUAUUACCUAUUUGAUCGGCAUUGGACAAUGCCUGAUGAGCAAUGGAGACACCUUCUAGACGAUUUUGGAGCUACUUUUGGCAUACCCAGGCAAUUACUACUGGAAUCCUUAAUCUUUUAUCUUUUGGAUGAUCACACAGAUAAAGCUCUGCAGGAAGCUUGUCACCUUCUUCCGGAGAUCUCUGGUCCAGCAACUCAUCCUAAGAUUGCACAAGUACUAUUAGAAAGGGGUAAUCCUGAUACCGCUCUUUUGGUUUUACGGUGGUCCGGGCGUGAUGGUACAUCAAAGUCGUCAAUAUCACUUGUUGAGGCUGUUACUGCAGUUCGGGUGAGGGUAGAGUGUGGACUUUUCACCGAAGCAUUUAUACAUCAAAGAAUGCUGUGUACCAAAGUCAAGGAGAAGAUGUUGAAGGUUGGAGAAUUGGGGGAUGCAACUGAUGAUUCAAAAAGCAAAUAUAGGAGUUGGGAAGACUGGGUGGAGAUAUUGGUCACUGAAAUUUGUGUCCUCUGUAUACGACGGAGCAUGCUAGACCGAGUGAUAGAGUUGCCUUGGAACUCUGAUGAAGAGAAACAUCUCCACAAGUGCCUGUUAGAUUAUACCAUUGAUUAUCCUUCCUCAACUAUUGGAAGCCUUCUUGUUGUAUUCUACAUUCAGCGGUACCGGUACUCUGAAGCUUACCAAGUUGAUCAAAUACUUAAAAACCUGGAGAAGGAGUUCACUUCAAAGAAGUCUGUCAGUGAAGAAGUUUUAUCUCGAAUGAGAUCUAUGAGCGGAUGGAGAGCUGGAUUAAUCGAUAAAUGCAUGGAGUUGCUACCAGAAGUCCAACGACAAGAAAUAAAGUCGGGAAAGUUUCCUGAGGUAGCUGUUACCACCUCUAGUGAAGUUGAAAUGGCAGCAGCAUCACUUCCUGAAGUGCAAAAGUCACAAUCAAUUAGUAUGCUGAUUCCUUCAACCAUUGAUUCUUCCCUUGGUUUAUGGUCGGAUUGUGUGAAUCCUUCCUGGAAACCGUCAAUAUCUGAAACACCAAAAAAAAGAGUUGGGUUGGUUGACAGUUAUCGCUCUGAACUUGGUAACAAUGGUUCAAUUCUUCAUGAGAAGUUACUUAGCAAUUCUGAAACACAAUGGAAGCCUGAUGAUAGCGUAAACAAGGCUUUCAACUUUGAAGAUGCAUCAACUCCUGGAAUUCAUUGGGCUACUCCCCCCUCAUCCGUCAAGGACAGGAAAAAGAGUUCAUCAAGAGUACUUUCAAAUAGCCCUCUCCAAGACAAUCAAUAUGCUAGAAUGUCACCAGAAACGGAACGGAACAAGAGGUUCAACCCAUUCCAAAAUUCAAGUCCUUCGAACUUUUACAGCGCUGAUUCUAAUCCAGUAACUACACCCAGCAGCAACCGUGGCCUGUUUAAAGAUUCCGCAACAGACCUGCGUCGGAGUGUGAACAGUAAGGGGUUCCAACGAGAUAGGGACAAUAGAACUUGGAAUAUGGCUUCCAAGGAUGACCCAAUGGACAUUUCUUUGAGAUAUGGAGAAAAGAGUCAUGUGAUUGAGGACGAAAACUUAAACAAUGGACCGAGAUGGAGGUCUGACGAAGCUAGUGACGAGGAAGAGGAGCAGAGUCCACAGAAAGCCAUUGGGAUCACUCAUCGUGCUUCUACUGCGAGGGCAUUACGAAGAACAAGAUUUUCCAAGCGAUGAAGAUAUUCCAGAUGCACUUUUUCUUUUAACUUAAAAUGAACUCUUGUCCAGCCAUGGUCCUUCCUCAGUAUGGUCUGGGUAGGAGGUAACCUUGAAGGGAUAUAGAGAAACAAGAGCGGCUUUCUUGUAGGUGCCGGUUGAGUUGAAGGGGUUCCCUUCGGAGGGCAAGUAACUAUAGUGUAGACAAAACUGUUUUAUAGCUGUGCCGUGCGGCUAAGAUGCAUUUAAUCGGAUUGUCUAAUUCGAGGGGCCAUUUUCUCUUCCUUCCUGCAAUUGUGUGCAUCUAAGUUGAUCAGAGAUGAAGUUGUGGUUUUUUAGCGGCUACGAAUUGUGCAGGAGUGGGGGGAUUUUUGAAUCCUUGUUGAAGUAGUUUGAUUGCUGAGAGAUUGAGGCAAAAAAGGCCUUGUAGUUUCAACAUUUUGGAGCUCUAGUUUAACAUUAAAUACUUUCGUUUUAUCAGAAUGAUAAAUGCUCACUUGACAGAAGAAAUAAUGUUUGGUGCGUCCUUGA